GUACGAAAUAUUGCUCAUAACUCACCCACCAUUAACCUCCGCUCCAUUUGAAUCUUGAUUAACUUUUCAUCCGACAUUCUAUUACGUGAAGUUCUGACCUCACAAAUUGUUUUCAGGAGUCUAGACACCGGAAUGAAAUCGUCCAGUGAAAUUUGUGCAAGGGAAGCGAGGGAAUAACAAAUUCUCUCUUCUCAUUUUUACACCCCUUCUCCCUCCUAUUUUCUCCGCCUUCCUUUCUCCCCCUUGAUCCACGAUGAGUACGUUCAGAGAUCUCGGUCCUGGCUUGAAUGGUCUAUUGCUCGACAUGGCACACGUCAAGCAUACACCGUCCUCCUCGGCACUCUCGGAUUAUACAUGGACAUCGAGCGUCGAUGGAAUGGGAAGUCCAGACCUACAGGGUCUCAUGGCUGAUACCCCCAUGACUGAAUUCGACGAUCGUUUUUACGGUGCACGAAUCAACCAGAGCGCUAGAAACUCCAAGAAUGAUGCUAAUCUUGCUGCCGUUCUAAAGAAGGCAAGCUCUCCAGACAUCGACCUCGUGUCCAGGGUCGAGGCAUUGUCGUCUUAUAUGCAGCGGACAUUGAACCAAGGCCACCCGUCGGACAAUUGGUAUUCACUCAGAAAAUGCAUUGAACAUUUCAAUCAAUUUAUUCUCUGCCAAGAAGAUAUCCAUGCUCUCUUAGCCUCUCUUGAGCUUGACCGCGAGAGAAAGCUCGAAAUUCUGCACGCAUACUACUCUGUGAGCUCCAUGGUCGACUGGACUCCUGGCCCUGUUGGCAGUGCACUUCUCGGAGAAGCGUCUGCUAAACGGGCGAAAAUAAUUUGUGUCUUUGGUGGCCAAGGUGUUGAGAGCUAUCUUAGAGAGUUACGGGAAACAUACGACACCUAUCAACCUCUAGUACAAACUUUUAUUACACACCUCUCAGACCACUUGCAGAUGCUUGCAUCCGAUAUUCGCACCAAGUCAUUGUACCCCCAUGGCCUUGACGUGCAAUCAUGGUUAGAGAAGCCAGACACAACGCCAGAUUUCGAUUACAUAAUGUCGGCGCCCGUCAGUAUGCCUUUGAUUGGCCUGACACAAAUAGUUCAUUACUUCAUUGCAUGCAAAGUAUUCAGUAUGUCGCCAGGCGAUCUCCGACAACACUUCAUAGGAGCCGCAGGUCACUCCCAGGGCAUAGCUGUUGCGGCUCUUCUUAGCACAGCAUCUACUUGGGGGUCACUAGAUACUGCGGCUCGGGCUGCUCUAACCGUCCUGUUCUGGAUUGGCUUCCGGUCUCAACAGUAUUUCCCUCAGAGCUCAACCCCUCCAGGUUCAGCAGGUGAGGAUACGGAUAAGAUCUCACCGAUGCUGAGCAUCAAGGGUUUGGCUAAGAAGCAAGUGGAAAGACUUAUAAAUGAACUCAAUGCCUACCUUCCAUCUUCUCAACAGAUGCAUCUUGCUUUGGUAAAUAGCUCUCGUCAUAUUGUUGUCGGUGGUCGACCGCUUUCACUUUAUGCACUUAAAAAGGCACUCGCUUCAUCAUAUCCCAGUGCCACCGAUCAACAGGUCACCCGAGUACCUUUCAGCCAGAGGAAACCAGUUGUAAACACCCGAUUUCUGGCAUGCAGCGUCCCAUUCCAUACCCCUCUUCUCGAAGGAGCUGAGAAGCAGAUCCAAGAAGAUGUUAGCCGCCUCAUUUUUAAGGGUAGUGACAUUCCAUUCCCUAUCUUCCGCACAGAUAACCAUGCCGAUCUGCGCCACUCUGAAAACCUCAUUCCGGCGCUCGUUCGGAUGAUCACUCUCGAGACAGUCAACUGGGAAGGCAGUCUUGAUUUCCCGACCAUUACCCAUGUGGUCGACUUUGGGCCCGGUAGAGAGUCCGGCAUGGGAGCAUUUGUGAAUACUCUCAAGGCUGGUACUGGGGUGCGGACCAUAAUUCCAAAUGUCCUUCAAGGUCCCAGCAAGGUUUUGGGGUAUGCAUCUGAAUUUUACUCUCGCAAGAAAGAUGUUUUGUACACCCAGAACUGGAAAGAUCAGUUUGCACCCCGGCUUAUUCGUACCGCUAAUGGCACAACUACGGUCGACACAAAAUUCAGCCGGCUACUUGGCCUACCUCCUGUCAUGGUUGCUGGCAUGACGCCGACAACCUCGUCAUGGGAUUUUGUAGCCGCUGUAAUGAACGCGGGAUUUCAUAUUGAAUUUGCUGCUGGUGGUCAUCAUAAUGCCGCAAGUAUGAAAGAUGCACUCAUGAAGCUUGUUGAGAAAAUCCCGGCAGGACGAGGGAUUACAUGCAACAUCAUUUAUGCUAAUCCUCGAGCCAUGGGAUGGCAGAUCCCACUGCUAGCCGAGUUGCGCAAAUCCGGUAUACCAAUCGAAAGUCUGACGAUUGGAGCAGGUGUUCCUUCAAUUGACAUUGCCAAUGGCUACAUCAAGGAUCUUGGUUUGAAGUACAUUUCCUUUAAACCAGGUUCUAAAGAUGCGAUUGAUGGUGUUUUACAAAUUGCAGGCGCGAACCCUAGUUUUCCAAUUAUUCUCCAAUGGACUGGAGGACGUGGCGGUGGCCACCAUUCCUUUGAGGACUUCCACGAGCCUAUUGUUGAGAAGUAUAAGCAAAUCAGAUCACAUCAGAAUAUCGUUCUAGUGGCUGGAAGCGGCUUUGGAGGACCGGAUGAUACAUACCCGUACCUUACAGGCUCUUGGGCCACGAAGCUAGGUUAUCCCGCUAUGCCAUUUGAUGGUAUUCUCUUGGGAAGUCGGGUGAUGGCUUCGAAAGAGGCUCACACUAGCCCUGCUGCAAAGCAAGCUAUAGUCGAAGCCCUUGGAGUAGACGAUGCUGACUGGGAGGGUACAUAUAAACGCCCCACUGGUGGUAUUGUUACAGUGAAGUCAGAAAUGGGAGAGCCUAUCCACAAGAUAGCAACGAGAGGCGUGUUGCUUUGGUCGGAGCUUGACCAAAAAGUCUUUUCUCUUCCCGCCACAAAGCAACUUCAGGAAUUGGAGAAGCAGAAAGACUACAUCAUCUCGCGAUUGAACAAAGACUUCCAGAAGGUCUGGUUCGGCAAGAGUGCGACCGGCGAGCCUGUUGACAUUAAUGAAAUGACAUAUGCACAAGUCCUACGGAGAAUAGUUGAUAUUCUGUAUGUCAAGAACAACAACAAUAGCGGUACAUGGAUUGAUCCAUCGUACAAAAAGUUCUUUGGCGACGUCGUUCGAUGUGUUGAGGAGACUUUAGGCUCACGAACCCGGAAAGAUGCGUACCUUCAAACCGCUUUCCAGCUCGAUGGUGCAUUCGAUUUCUUGAAUGGAUUCUUUGCUUUGUAUCCAGAGGCUGAGAAAGACGUCAUCACUGCUCAUGACACGAAUGCUUUCACACACCUCUACGGUCGUCCUGGGCAAAAACCCCUUCCAUUCAUCAUUGCACUCGACAACACAUUUGAGUACUGGUUCAAAAAGGACUCGUUGUGGCAGUCGGAAAACCUUGAAGCAGUUUUCGAGCAAGACGUUGGCCGAGUGUGUAUCUUACAUGGUCCUGUUGCUGCCCAGUAUACUAAGGUGAUCGAUGAACCUGCAGGAGAAAUUCUAGGCAACAUGCACGAGUCAUAUGUCCAGCGUAUCCUGAAGGAUCGCUAUGCCGAGAAACACUCGAAUGUUCCUGAGGUUUCUUAUCUUUAUCGCAAUUCCAUGGCCCUUCCCGCUGAUAAAGAGAACUUGCCUGGCGUCUUCAUGCAGCGUUGUGAUGAGCCUCCUAUGCUCAUAUUCCGACUGGAUGAUUCUAGCAAUACCCUACCAGAGCCCGAACAGUGGACAAGUCUUCUCGGAGGGGAUCAGCCUUCAUGGCGUCAAGCUCUACUCACCCUCGACGAUGUGGUGCAAGGAAAGAUGCAAGUGCCGAACCCAGUCAAGCGAAUGUGCGCACCCCGCCCUGGGCUGAGUGUCCAAAUUAUCAAGCCAGAAAACCCAAAGGAAACAUCGAUUAUUCUCAAGCAAAAGUCUCGUGCUGCCGACUGUGAUACUGCUUGGGUAGAAAUAAAACUGGUUUCUCCUCAGGAAAUAAUGGUGACACUAUUGGAACCUCAUGUUCCAUGGCGGAAGUCCGAAGCUCUUACUUUCAACUUUGCCUAUAAAAUUGGAUCUGGUGUUAAUCCAAUUCAAGAGAUUACCCAGGAUCGUGAGUCACGAAUCAUGGAGUUCUACCGCCGUAUCUGGAUUGGCGAAGAAGGGUCCCAGCCCAAAAAGGCUGCUGAGAAGACAAGACAUCGCUUUAUGGCUACGCGGAAGAAUAUCAUUGAUUUCAAUCAAUCCAUCGAGAACAAGAAUGCUGCGUAUCAAUGGAAAACAGAUAUGCCUCUUCUAGCCCCUCUUGACUUUUCAAUUGUUAUUGCCUGGAAGUCUCUGAUGGGCUGUCUUUUCUCAAAUUCCAUUGGGGGAGACUUCUUGAAGCUGCUUCACUUAAGUAACAAGUUCGAAGUUCUCAACAAUGCAACUUCUGUUCGUGAGGGAGACGUUCUCUACACUACAUCAGAGAUCAAGUCUAUAAAAAUAAAGAAAGAUUCGGGAAAGCUUGUCGAAGCACAUGCGACUAUUCACCGUGAUCAGAAACCAAUCAUUGUAGUGAAGAGCGAAUUUAUAAUCCAAGGCUCCUUUGAAGACUACGAAAACACAUUCGAAGUCAUAGAGGAGCAGCCCUAUCAGAUUCGACUUGGAACCUUGAAGGAUGUUGCCGUGCUCAAAUCGCGCAAAUGGAUCAGACUCUACCCGGGCCUUGACCUGAGGCAAUAUAUUGGAAGAAAUCUUGUCUUCCGCCUCCAAAGUCGUUACACAUUCAAAGACAGUGUCUCUCUCGGCCGUAUUGAGACAACUGGAGAGAUAAGGGCAGCUCUGGACACCUCCGAAGCGGUUAUUGGAUCAGUGCAUUUAAAUACCUCCGCAUAUGCUACGAACCCAGUUAUCAGCUACUUGAGCCGGCAUAGCACUGAGACCGAAAGCGUUAGCCAUUUACCUGCGCCUAUCGCCUUGUGUCCAGAACUUAGCAUCCGGGCUCCAGAAUUGAGCGAUCAAUAUGCCCGCGCAUCGGGUGACUACAACCCAAUUCAUGUAUCACAGGCAUUUGCUCUUUAUGCAGGCCAUGACGGCAAGGUCAUUCAUGGAAUGUACACGAGUGGCGUCGUCCGUGGACUUGUAGAACUGCACAUCGCAGAAAACGAGCCAGAACGUAUUCGCUCCUGGUCCACGUCAUUCAAGUCAAAAGUGAGCCCAGGUGAUAUACUUAAGGUCUCCAUCAACCAGACGGGUAUGCAUGAUGGCCACCUAAUGGUUUCAGUCACCGCUCGCAAUGCUGAGACUGGGGUUGAGGUUAUCAGUGCCACGGCAAAUAUCCUGCAGAAGCGUACCGCCUAUGUCUUUACUGGGCAAGGGAGCCAGGUUCCAGGUAUGGGUAUGGAAUUGUACGAAAAUAGUGAAGAGGCGCGGAAUGUUUGGGACACAGCCGAUCGCCACUUCCAGGAUACAUACGGAUUCUCUAUCAUGGACAUCGUCCGCAGGAAUCCGAAAGAACUGACUGUUUUCUUCGGAGGACGUCGCGGCCGUGCGAUUCGCGAGAAUUACUUGUCUCUUACGUUGGAUGUUUCCGACGGCCAUGGAAAUUUAUCGACUGUGAAGGCUUUCCCGGAGAUCACGAUCUCCUCUCGGUCUUAUACAUACAAGUCCGAAGGGGGGUUACUACAUGAGACAAUGUUCACGCAGCCCGCUAUGGCUGUGUUAGAGCUUGCUCGAUUCCAAGAUAUGCAGGCUCGUGGCAUUAUUGAUCGCAGCUGUUGCUUUGCUGGUCAUUCUUUAGGUGAGUUCAUGGCACUAGCAAGUCUCGGAAAGAUCUUCAAAGUAGAGGAACUGGCAACUUUGGUGUUCUACCGCGGUCUUGCUAUGCAGAAAGCUGUUUCGCAGAGUGGUGAGCAGGUGCCCAUUGAAUAUUCUAUGUGCGCGGCAAACCCAACUCGGAUUUCACCAGAUUUCCGAGAAAAGGAUCUGCGACUAGUGGUCUCCGCUGUUGCAAGAGAGACUGGCGGUCUCUGUGAAAUUGUUAACCUUAACGUCGAGAACAUGCAGUAUGUCUGCGCGGGAGAGGUCCGCUGUUUGGACGUCCUCGCUGGUGUAUUGGAUUAUCUAGUCUCUCACCGAAUUCCUCUAGACACUAGUGCGACAGGAACACCUGCAGAGCUGAAAAACGUUGUUCAAUCUGCCCUGGCAAAAACAAUGGCCAAGUCCUUACCGCUCAUCCUUGAGCGUAGUAAAGCCACCAUCCCGCUCAAGGUAAACGUACCGUUUCAUAGCAGUCUUCUGAGAUCGGGCGUCGGCUCUUUCAGACGACUACUAGAGCGGUCGAUACCUCCACAUAUGGUUCAGCCUGAACUGCUUAUUGGGAAAUACAUUCCCAAUCUAACUGCAAGACCGUUCGAGCUAUCUAAAGCAUACUGCUCCGAUAUCCUAGCCCUUACGGAAAGUCCACGAGUGAAAGAGAUGUUGGAUAAUUGGGACAGAUAUACCGGUGUAGCGGCUUAACUUGGUGAAUACAUUUAAAUAAAAUGGAAGUGGAAGCCGACAAGCAAAAUCGUGGAUGAUGACAGAGUUUAAGUGCAUUUCGUCUCUCACUCGCUAAAAUUUCUGUCUCUUUUCUUUCUCCUUGCUUUCUCUAAGUCUUGCAAUUUUUUAUUUCAGAGCAUUGAAGCAGUCUUUAGAGUUGCUAUUUUGUUAUCCUACCAUAGUUUUGUAUAUUUUCAUGCAUAUUAUUGUUUCUUGCACAUGAGUCUUCGUAGUUGUACUUUCUGG